AUGGCCCAGUCCGCACAAGAUCUCUCCCGCCUACCUGUAAACGGUUGCGACCUCUUCUUAUUGGAAAAAUGGGACGCAGACUCGGCGCUAUCUCCGGACGAGCAGAUGAGGCAGAUUUUCGCGCGCUUUCUCGAGCUGCCCUUGCCUGAGCGACAGGUCUAUACCCAGCGAGUGGCAGCCCGCGGUGUCUUCUCGGCGGGGAGCCUGUCGCCGGCCGAGCAAGACAUCCUCGCCCUCGCGCGGCCGUACAACGAGCGCAACCGGGGCGAGGUCUGCCUGCUGCGGACCUACUACGGCGCCGGGAGCGACGCGGUGUUCGACGCUGUUGUGCAGACCUGCCGCGCCUUCGGAGGGGUCGGCCCUGAAUGCGUCUUCUCCGAUGCCGCGCGGUACAACUACGGCGAGGACUGGCGGCGUGUCUUUGGCCUUAUGCCGCAGCUGCUCGAGUGCCACGACGACUAUGAGGCCGAGUGCGCGGCCGAGUUCGCCCGCGCCCAGGAGUCGGACGAGGAGGAUGAGGAGCUCGGCGGGUGGUCACGGGACGAUUUCACCCUGGCAGAGCUGUUCAACCACUACCAUCUGGCGUCCAAGGUGGGUGUCAUCUACAUCCUGGACGAGGAGACCCUUGGGGAUGACAGGGAGGAUGAUGAUGAUGAGAAGGAUGGAUCGGCGGGGUCCUAUAGCCAGAGGGAACUGCUCGUGGUCUGGUACGAUGCGCAGGGGAAGACAGUGCGCUGGCGGCGGAGGGACGCAGUCUCUAUCAGUCAGGAAAUGGCGGUCAUCAACACGGCCGCGAUCGACGACCACCCUGUGCGGACGGAAGCAGAGAUCGGGGAGGACUACGACUGGGAUGGCCCGCUCGGGCUGUCUUCGAUGGAGGAAGACGAGGAGAGUGCUAGCGACGCGGAUCCAUGACCGCCAGCCCAGACAGAAGAGUCGAUCCAGAUGUAGCGGAAGCCCAGUUCCCGGGUGACUGCUAUGGCGUCUCGAAAGGUAGGAGGGAAAGCUUGCAGCGGGAUACCUUU